CCUCAAAGGCUGCGGGUUGCCAUGGCCGCUGUCACUCAGGCGAUUUCCAUGGCAACGGGGUGGAGAGGGGCGGGGGUGUUGUGCUCGGUGCACCGCUGGGGAGCAAGUCCGGGGCCCCUCUUUGCAAAAGGCUGGGCUGCUACGUCUCAGGCGGUGGUUCUCCGGCGCAGCUUUGGGUCACGACCGGCGGCCAUGGCGGCCCUCAAGGUUGGAGAUAAGCUUCCCAGCGUGGAGGUCUACGAGGGAGACCCUGGCAACAAGGUGAACGUGGCCAGCAUCUUCAAGGGCAAGAAAGGGAUCCUUUUUGGAGUGCCAGGGGCAUUCACCCCUGGUUGCUCAAAGACCCACCUCCCAGGUUACGUGGAGAAAGCAGGACAGCUGAAAGGCAAAGGGGUGGAGAUCAUCGCCUGCCUCUCGGUCAACGAUGUCUUUGUCAUGAACGAGUGGGGGAAAGCUCACCACGCUGAGGGCAAGGUGCGGAUGUUGGCAGAUCCAACAGGGGAAUUUGGAAAGGCCACAAACCUGUUGCUAGAUAAGGAGCCACUUCGAGAUCUCUUUGGGACUAACCGAUCCAAGCGGUUCUCCAUGGUGGUGGAGGAUGCCGUGGUGAAGGCCUUAAACGUGGAAGAGGACGGGACGGGUCUUACCUGCAGUUUGGCCACCAACAUUGUCUCCCAGCUCUGAGUCCCAGAUAACUGGGCCUCUUACAG